UGCGUGACGGUCGAUCCGUUAGUUUUAUAAAUCGCUGUCAUCGCUGUUUGCUGAUUCAGUCUUCAGUGAACCAUUAUGGCGGCCGCAGACGUUGAUGUGCAAAAGCACGAGCUUCCUCGAACCUUGAAACUGUCCGGUCAUGUCGGGUUCGACAGCAUGCCGGACCAGCUGGUCAGCAAGAGCGUCCAGAAUGGGUUCGUGUUCAACAUCCUGUGCAUCGGUGAAACCGGUCUCGGCAAGUCCACCCUGAUGGACUCGUUGUUCAACACGAACUUCGAAUCGCAACCGAGCCCGCACUCGUUGCCGAACGUCAAAUUGAAGGCCCAUACGUACGAGCUGCAGGAGAGCAUGGUUAGAUUGAAGUUGACAAUAUGUGACACUGUCGGCUACGGAGAUCAAAUCAACAAGGACGAUUCGUUUAAAUCGGUCGUCGAUUACAUCGAUCAGCAGUUUGAAACUUUUCUACAGGAGGAGCUCAAGAUCAAGCGAUCACUGUCUUCGUAUCACGACAGCCGUACCCACAUUUGUCUGUAUUUCAUUUGCCCCACGGGACACGGUUUGAAGUCGUUGGAUUUGGUGUGCAUGAAGAAGCUGGAUUCGAAGGUCAAUAUCAUUCCGAUCAUUGCCAAGGCUGACACCAUUUCCAAGACGGAGCUGUCCAAGUUCAAGGCAAAGAUCAACGAUGAGCUGAGAAACAAUGGCGUUCAGAUCUACCAUUUCCCGACGGACGACGAAUCGGUUGCGGAAAUCAACGCCACCAUGAACUCGCACAUUCCGUUUGCUGUGGUGGGCAGUACCGAUUUUGUUCGCGUCGGUAAUAAAACGGUCCGCGCUCGACAGUAUCCUUGGGGAACGGUUCAGGUGGAGAACGAGGCCCAUUGCGACUUUGUUAAGCUUCGGGAAAUGCUGAUUCGUACCAAUAUGGAGGACAUGCGCGAGAAGACGCACACCAAACACUACGAGCUCUACCGCCAGAAGCGGCUGGAGCAAAUGGGAUUCACCGAUGUGGACAGUGACAACAAACCGGUCUCGUUCCAGCAAACGUUUGAGGCCAAGAGAAGCAACCAUCUCGCCGAGUUGCAGGCCAAGGAGGACGAAGUUCGGCAGAUGUUUGUCGUUCGCGUGAAGGAAAAGGAGGCGGAGCUGAAGGAAAGCGAGAAAGAGCUGCAUGCCAAGUUCGACAAGCUGAAGAAAGAUCAUGCCGAAGAGAAGCGUAAACUGGAGGAAUCUCGUAAAAAGCUCGAAGAAGAAUUUGUCGAAUUCAAUCGACGCAAAUCGCAGAUGGCAGCUUCCCACCACACCCUGACCUUGGGUAAGAGCAAAAAGAAAUGAAACUUGUAGAUAACCGGACGAACGACACCCUAGAAGCGCCACACGCUUCUGGAAACACUGUCGUCAUUUUGAUUCCUUCGCAUCGCAUCGCUGCUGAUCCCAUCAAACAUUUAGAAUGCUUAAGGUAGGUUGGAAAAUCUCUGUGCUUCUCCUAUAGUAUUUUCAUUGUGAACUCGUGAAUAGAAAGAAAGCCUUUUGCUAUACCAUAGGUUUAUUUUAACUUCAUCAGUCCAACUGAUUCGCCAAAAGACCAACGUAGCGACAAAUUGCAUAGAAAUACACUAUUCAUUCAUUUCAUCCACUUGUAAGUACAAAAUGUUGCAAAGUUUUAAAACAUUUACCGUUCAAAUUUAGCACAGAAACAGACAAUUUCAUUUACGCGUCAGACAAAUAAGAAAAAUAUAGCCUAAAAUAAUAGUAAUUUUUAAAUAGCGAAAAUUGCGUAUUUUAAUCGAAUGCUGAGCUUGACUCCGACAGGAUUUAACUACGUGCAGUUCAAUCUCACCAAUCGUUUUCAUUUCGGUGAAAAUGGGUGAGAUUUUGUAAACUUGUACGUCAAAAAAAUGCUUCGAAAUUGUCGAAAUUGACUUCUGAUAAGCACAAACAUAAAUUCCAAUAGAAAACAUACUACUUGACUACAACAAACCACCAAAUAUACCUACUUAAUGGCACUUACCGAAAACAAUGACACUAGAAGUAGGCUACACAUUCGAUCCGUUUCACACCAUUUACAACGGUUUAAAACAUUCAGUUGUUCUACCACUAUUUUGUUUUCAGAUUUAUAUUUCUUAUCUUCACAAUAACUUGUGCAUUUAAGUUAAGUUACCGUUAACAUUCUCUUGUAACAUUUUUUGUUGGACAUAUUAUCCCUGCAUGAAUUUGAUUUCCACUUCACCUUACAUUCGUACAUAUAAUAAUCAUGGAGUAAUCCAUGUCAAAUUUAUCUGCGAUGGACCGGCUAAGAAAUACUUUAUUUUAAACAUAGGUUAAAGUAAUUUAAAUCUGAGAAGUCUCUCCCAAAUAUUUAUAUUAUAUGGUCUACAUAUAUAUAUUCUCAUAUCUGACAGA